CUGAGUGCCCGCGGAGAAGAGUGUCGCGGACGGCCUAGCGGAGGUGGACGUGAGGUGAGGGGCACGGAAGAGGGGGACCGCAGGCGAACGGGAAGAGUGUGUGCGAGGCCCCGCCCGACGAUGUGCGGCCGAACCUCCUGCCACCUGCCCAGAGACGUGCUAGCGAGAGCGUGUGCCUAUCGGGACCGGCAGGGCCGGGAGCGGCUCCCCGAGUGGAAGGACCCCGACAAGUACUGCCCCUCGUACAACACGAGCCCUCAGUCCAACAGCCCCGUGCUCUUGUCGCGAGUGCACUUCGAGAAGAGUGCAGACUCAUCAGAGCGUAUCAUUGCCCCCAUGCGAUGGGGUUUGGUCCCAUCUUGGUUCAAAGAGGAUGACCCUUCCAAGCUGCAGUUCAACACUACCAACUGCCGUAGUGAUACCAUAAUGGAGAAGCGGUCCUUCAAGGUACCUCUUGGAAAGGGAAGACGCUGUGUCGUUUUAGCAGAUGGAUUCUACGAGUGGCAGAAAUGUCAGGGAACAACCCAAAAGCAGGCAUACUUCAUCUACUUUCCCCAAGCAAGAACAGAAGGGUCGGGUAGCGUUGAUGUUGCAGACAGUCUUGAGCACUGGGAGAAAGUCUGGGACAACUGGAGGCUGCUGACAAUGGCGGGCAUCUUUGACUGCUGGGAGCCCCCAGAAGGAGGAGACCUCCUGUACUCCUACACCAUCAUCACAGUAGAUGCCUGCAAAAGCUUGAAUGACAUUCACCACAGGAUGCCUGCCAUCUUAGAUGGAGAGGAAGAAGUCUCCAAAUGGCUUGACUUUGGUGAAGUCUCAACUCAGGAAGCUCUGAAGUUAAUCCGCCCCACAGAGAACAUCCACUUCCAUGCGGUCUCAUCGGUGGUGAACAACUCCUGGAACAACACUCCAGACUGUCUGACUCCUGUCAACUUGCUGGUCAAAAAGGAGCCCAAGGCAAGUAGUAGUAGCCAGAAGAUGAUGCAGUGGCUGGCCACAAAGUCACCCAAAAAGGAAGACCCCAAAACACCCCAAAAGGCAGAGCCAGAUGUGCCCCAAUGGUCCAGCCAGUUCCUGCAGAAGAGCCCACUCCCCACCAAGAGAGGCGCUGCGGGACUCUUGGAGAGGUGGCUGAAGCAGGAGGAGCCCAUGGCCAAGCGGCCUCACAGCCAGUAACAGGACUCAGGGACUGCACUCACGAUUUGUAGCACUCACUGUUGUGGCUGGUGACAGGUCCUUGCACUGUCCACUUGUGGAUUUGCUCUGGGAUGUGGUAGUACGGGGUUAGCUGGUAGUUGUUGGUCCAGGGGUGAGUAGCUAUCCUGCCUGCAGCCAGGAACCCACAGGGAGGCAAAUGGGCAGCCUAGAGAGAGGGGCCACCACCAUCAGUUCAUAAGGGGUGUGACAGCUUUGCCCUCUCCUGAUUUGCCUGGUGGAUGCUGCUGGCAGUUCUCAGCCCUGACCUGGUACUGCUCACAGAAGGCUGUUUUCUGCCAGCUUGUGGAAUUAAAUUCUUAAAACGUUUUUUUUUCUGAAUAAAUUAUAUUUGAUAAA